UCAGAUGCUUUUGACCAGAAGUUCUCUAAGGUGCCUACCAAGGUCAAAGGCUAUGACAACCUCUUCGCCAUGGAAAUUGACCCCAGCCUCGGCGUGGCAGAGCUGCCCGACGAGUUCUUUGAGGAGGACAACAUGCUGAGCAUGGGCAAGAAGAUGAUGCAGGAGGCCAUGAGCGCCUUCCCGGGCAUCGACGAGGCCAUGAGCUACGCGGAGGUCAUGAGGCUGGUGAAGGGCAUGAACUUCUCAGUGGUGGUGUUUGACACGGCACCUAGGGGCCACACGCUGAGGCUGCUCAACUUCCCCACCAUCGUCGAGAGAGGCCUGGGCCGCCUCAUGCAGAUCAAGAACCAGAUCAGCCCCUUCAUCUCGCAGAUGUGCAACAUGCUGGGCCUGGGUGACAUGAACGCAGACCAGCUCGCCUCCAAGCUGGAGGAGACACUGCCCGUCAUCCGAUCCGUCAGCGAGCAGUUCAAGGAUCCCGAGCAGACCACCUUCAUCUGCGUGUGCAUCGCAGAGUUUCUGUCCCUGUACGAGACGGAGCGGCUGAUUCAGGAGCUGGCCAAGUGCAAGAUCGACACACACAAUAUCAUCGUCAACCAGCUUGUUUUUCCGGACCCUGAGAAGCCCUGCAAGAUGUGUGAGGCUCGCCACAAGAUCCAGGCCAAGUACCUGGACCAGAUGGAAGACCUCUAUGAAGAAUUCCACAUCGUGAAACUGCCACUGUUGCCCCAUGAAGUGCGGGGGGCAGACAAGGUCAACACUUUCUCCGCCCUCCUCCUAGAACCGUACAAGCCCCCCAGCACCCAGUAG